AUGGAGCCCCUUGAGCAAAGCAACUGGUUUCCCCUGGCAUCAGACCUCAACUCCUCCUCUGCAGCCCCCCCAUUGCCUUUCCUCUUCUCCAACUUCCACCUCUCCAACAUCUCCUCCAAUAUGUCCACUCAGAGUGUCCCCUUCCAGGGCAGCAGCACCCUGAUGACCGCACUCAUCUCCCUCACAGUCUUCAUGGUGGGUCUGACCGGCAAUACUCUGGCCAUCUACGUGGUGCUGCGCUACGCAAAAAUGAAGACAGUCACCAACAUCUACAUCUUAAACCUGGCUGUGGCUGAUGAGCUCUACAUCAUCGGGCUCCCCUUCCUCACCACGCAGAACGUGCUCUCUUAUUGGCCAUUUGGCACGUUCCUGUGCCGCGUGGUCAUGACAGCAGACUCCAUGAACCAGUUCACAUCUAUUUUCUGCCUGACAGUAAUGUCCAUCGACCGUUAUCUGGCUGUGGUUCAUCCAAUCCGCAGCACCAAGUGGAGACACCCCCGCGUGGCCAAGGUGGUGAGCGCAGCUGUGUGGGCCGUGUCCUUUGUGGUGGUCCUGCCUGUGGUCAUCUUCUCUGAUGUUCAGGACACAUUUAAUUCCUGCAACAUGAACUGGCCAGAGCCAAAGAACGCUUGGUCAACGGCCUUCAUCCUCUACACCGCCACAGUGGGCUUCUUUGGACCCCUGCUCAUCAUUUGCCUCUGCUACCUGCUUAUCGUUAUCAAGAUGAAGUCAUCAGGGCUGCGGGCGGGCUUUACCAAGCGUCGGCGUUCGGAGCGCAAGGUGACGCGGAUGGUGGUGGUGAUCGUGGUGGUGUUUGUGCUAUGCUGGCUGCCAUUCUUCAUCAUCAACAUAGUCAAUCUGGUGGUCAUCAUCCCAGAGUCCAGCAUCACUGCCGGCAUCUAUUUCUUUGCUGUCAUCCUGUCCUACGCCAACUCCUGUGCCAACCCGGUGCUCUACGGUUUCCUGUCGGACAACUUCAGGCAGAGCUUUAGAAAGGUUCUGUGCGUGGGGAGUGUGAGGUGCAAGACCAACGGUGUGGAUGACGGCGACCCAAGCGCUCCUCGCACGGAGAAAACCACAGCACACGACUGCGUCCUUUUCUCCCAACGUAACCAGGCCUACCACGACCCCCAGAACAGCCAGAUCUCUCCUCACCCUCCAGGUUCGCCUACCUCCCACACAGCAGCAGACCUGCACCGCUCCACCGCGACACCUCAACCUUUCUCCUCUUGCCCAGGAGUCGGACCCCCCACUCUCCCGGUAAACUCCCCAGCGGCCUCCAUGGUAACCUCCAUGGUAACCCCGGCUGAUCUUCCCACCAUCACUGCCCUGACUUCGCCGUCCUCCCCCUCAUCCAUAGCUCUUCCGCAACAGUAGCCAGCAGUCGAUGGAUAUCAGGUGUUGUAGGAAGUGAAAAGAAAGAGGAGGAAAUAUAUAACAUGAUGUCACAUACAGUAAGUGGAAGCAUGGGGUGAGAAAGAAACUGAAGAAGUGAAUGCUUGAAUGCAUUUCCAACCUAAAAGGCAUUUCCGGGACUAUAUUCUGACAUAAAAACUCCCUCUAUGUGCAUUUCAACAUUUUUGAUCCAUUACGGUGAACAAUAUCAUCAUCAUUUACGAGCUACGGUGAAUGUCCACCUGUAUGAAUCGCCCGGCUGUUCAACUUCUUUCCAUCUGACACAAGUGCCUUUUCAGACUGCUUUCAGCUAUCAUCACAGCUCCUAAACAGACAGGAACAUUACAUCUACAGUAUGUUCUUUCACUUUCUGUAUAUCUGUCACAUAACCUGUUAAAAGGUAAUUACUUAUUAGGAGCAAAAAAUGCCUUCAAGGACAUAUUUCAAUGCAGCGGAGUAGAUUACCCGCAGGUAUAUUAAAUGCUUAUUUAGGGAAACCGGGUAUUACAAAGUUCUCUUUUUGCAAACCAUAUGUUGUGAUUAACAAUAGUAUUAUAAAAUAAAGCUUUAAUGAAACAGCUAAAGUACUAAUUUAGUGUUGAGUUUUUCUGUUUUAUUGUAAAGAUGCAUUGUUUCCGUUCUGUUUCAAGCUUCUUCUUACUUUGGUCUCCUCACUUAAAGAAGAUGAACACCUAAAUUCAAACAGCAUUAUCUUAUUUCAAUGGUGCAAAAAAGUUACAUCAGUACAAUUGUGAACAUUAGCUACUCUCUCUCCAAACCAGCUGUCAAAUCUGUGACUUCAUCAGGUUGAAGUCUGGAGCAGCUCCAUGGAAAAUGAAUUAUUGUUUUAUUUAUUCAAAUACCCAAACAGCUUUUUUCCAUUGAGGUGUUCUCAGCCCUGAAACAGAACAUGUAUCCAUUUAUUUAGACGAUUCCCCUGAGCGCUGUGUGUCUCACCUGUAACUCUGCUUUAUCGUCUAUGGAGCAGUUUUAGACUUUACACUUUGACAAUCACAAAUUUGAGUUGGAGCAAACGUCGAUUUUGGAGAAAACUGUUAAUGUUUACAGCACCACAGGAGUAACGCGUAUAAGAAGAAGUUUGUACUAAAGUGUCUGUUUGAAUUCAAAUGAAAAUGUGGAUAGCUUCGUGUUAAAAAGUCUGCUGUAACACUUUCUGUGACUAUUUUUCAUAAGAUGGCUUGCUUGCUUGCACAGGAAACGUGACUCUAUGCCUGCUAAGUGUUUUUCUGUACACGUUGCCAGCAUUGAACACAAAACCUCUUACCUCUCUGUAAAUAUUGUAUACCACCUAAUGUGUGUCCCUGUGCAUUUGCGUGUCAUGUACGUGUGUGUGUGUACAUUCAUUUUGCACAUCUAAAUUCAAGCUUUCUUUCUGCAGAACAUGUGACGCUGGUACAUCCAGGGUUGAUAUAAGCAUUACAGUAUUGUAGCAAGUGUUAUUGUGUGACCAUGUUUUGCUCAGCGCCUUGUUAACUGUACAAUAUAUUUUAUAUAUAUAUAUCUAUAUAUACAAACAAAGUGGCUAUUUUUGAUCAGUCCCACAGCACAGUGGCCUGCAAUAUUGUAAAAGUGUCUGCCCUUAAGCUUUUAUUAUGAACAUUCUGUGUCGUUUCUUAGACAGAUUGGAAAGGAUUAAAGGAUAAAAGCUGGUCUAACAUAUAGGAAUAAGGAUGAGUUCAAGAAUUCACAAUGAUAGAUGUUUUUCAGGUAUCUUCCCUCCUCAUUUAAGAAAACUAAUCAAGGGCACACGUUGAAGACA